GCCCGCGCGCCCGGCGCGACCUCUGCGGAUUGCAUCGGUGUGCGGCGGCAGGGCAUGCCCAGGGCACCGGGCGCGGCCUUCAAUGGGCGAGGACACGGACACGCGGAAAAUUAACCACAGCUUCCUGCGGGACCACAGCUAUGUGACCGAAGCCGACAUCAUUUCCACUGUUGAGUUCAACCACACUGGGGAGCUGCUGGCCACUGGUGACAAGGGCGGCCGGGUGGUCAUCUUCCAAAGGGAACCGGAGAGUAAGAAUGCACCUCACAUCCAGGGCGAGUAUGACGUGUACAGCACCUUCCAGAGUCAUGAGCCCGAGUUUGACUACCUGAAGAGCCUGGAGAUAGAGGAAAAGAUCAACAAGAUCAAAUGGCUCCCUCAGCAGAAUGCUGCCCACUCGCUGCUGUCCACCAACGAUAAAACGAUCAAAUUAUGGAAGAUUACCGAACGAGACAAGAGGCCCGAGGGAUACAACCUGAAAGAUGAGGAGGGGAAACUCAAAGACCUCUCCACAGUGACAUCACUGCAGGUGCCUGUGCUGAAGCCCAUGGACCUGAUGGUGGAAGUGAGCCCGAGGAGGAUCUUUGCCAAUGGCCACACCUACCACAUCAACUCCAUCUCCGUCAACAGUGACUGUGAGACCUACAUGUCGGCCGAUGACCUGCGCAUCAACCUCUGGCACCUGGCCAUCACAGACCGGAGCUUCACAGACAUUGUGGACAUCAAGCCAGCCAACAUGGAGGACCUCACAGAGGUGAUCACAGCAUCCGAGUUCCACCCCCACCAUUGCAACCUCUUUGUCUACAGCAGCAGCAAGGGUUCCCUGAGACUCUGUGACAUGCGGGCAGCUGCCCUAUGUGACAAGCACUCCAAGCUCUUUGAAGAGCCUGAGGACCCAAGCAACCGCUCCUUCUUCUCAGAGAUUAUUUCCUCAGUGUCUGAUGUGAAGUUCAGCCACAGUGGCCGCUACAUGCUCACGCGUGAUUACCUUACAGUCAAGGUGUGGGACCUGAACAUGGAGGCAAGACCUAUAGAGACUUACCAGGUCCAUGACUACCUGCGUAGUAAGCUCUGCUCCCUGUAUGAGAGCGACUGCAUCUUUGACAAGUUCGAGUGUUCCUGGAAUGGGAGUGACAGCGUCAUCAUGACAGGGGCUUACAACAACUUCUUCCGCAUGUUUGACCGCAACACCAAACGGGACGUGACUUUGGAGGCCUCGAGGGAAAGCAGCAAGCCAAGGGCCGUUCUCAAGCCACGGCGUGUAUGCGUGGGUGGCAAAAGGCGUCGCGAUGACAUCAGUGUGGACAGCCUGGACUUCACCAAGAAGAUUCUGCACACAGCCUGGCACCCUGCGGAGAACAUCAUUGCCAUCGCGGCCACCAACAACCUCUACAUCUUCCAGGACAAAGUCAACUCUGACAUGCACUAGCUGGCCAAAGUAUCCCCUUGCAGGCUGUCCCUACCCCAGGAGGCAAAGAUGAGCCAAGAGGUGGUGUUCGUGGGGACAUGGGUUGCCAAGCAAGUUUUAUCUGUUGGAACAAAAGAAAGGAUCCACAUCCACAAAGGAUAAAAUGAAUGGUGUGUUUGCUGAGCCUCAGUUCAGGGUUCAUUCAUCCCUCCCUAUCUCUAGUGUGGUCAUUCCCUAUCGGAAUGAUGUUCUGUGUCUGAGUUGGAUUUUUACUGCAGUGUGUCCCUUCAAGGAAGGCUGAGCCAGUCCCCACUGGGCUCCAGGGAUAGAGAAUGAAGUUCACACAAACCAGCAAGGUUUGCACAUCUUGAAGGGAGCCAGCCGUGUUGUCCUGGCUCAGAGAUGCCUGCUCACCUUUGGUUUUGGACAGUGAGUUUGUGCUGAACAUGGUCAGUGCUAACUUCUCACUUGGGUGUUUGUGGGGGUCUUUCUGUAUCCCAGCUCCCAGUCCAGGGCAGGUCCUGAGAGGCAGGGUUGAGUGGCUAUGGCUAUCGCUUUCUUGCCAUGUGUAGUGAGCACCUGCUGUAUACUGAGCAUGGUGCUCAGCCCGCCGGGACAGCAGUGGGGUCCCUGAAGCCGGCUUUGUGGUGGCUUUGCUGUCAUCUUUCCAUGUUUUCUGGGCAUCUUUCCACAACCCACUCAGGGUCCUGCUCAUGACUACGGGAUCCUCACAUCAGAGAGGUGGGCAUCUUCUCAUUUCCAUGAAUCCCAAUUUCCUGCUGAGUGCCAGGCUCUGUGCUGGAUCCUGGUAAGAGGUGGGUAGCUGUCACCUCGUUUGUGUGCAUGAGGUAACCAGGCUGUGAGCGGAGAAGCAGGCUGCCAGAGGCAGGUACCCGGUCAGGCCAACCCAUGUCUUCCCAUGGGUUCUUUCCAGCCCACAACCACCUGAUGGCUCACAUUACAGCAACAUUCCAAUGACAGGUUGUGGAAGGGAACCGCCUCUGUAUCUUGUGAUAUAGAAAAGAGCAGGUGUGCCAGUGACAAGAUGACAAGGAGAGAGAAGACAGAGAAGCGCACAGUGGCUCUCCAUUCUGUGUAGUGACAUCAGAGCUUUCCUCCUUGGACUCCUUGCUUCACCCUGCACUGCAUCAUCACCCACAGCUCCUUUCUGAUGCACUCAAUGCUUCCUGGAGGAGGAGAUUGCAUGUGGUCACCAUCUUAGGAAUUUUUGUCUGAAGACAUCAGAUCCUGCCUACAGGACUAGAGAAGUGGUCUGUAGUAAUCCUGCUGCUCCCUCAGGGCCAGACUCCACCACGCUACUCUUGACCCUGGGAUUGCACACCCCAGGCCUCGCCAUUUUGACUUGGGAAGCAAAAAGCAGGUGGGCCUGGCCGAAGGCAACUUCAUUUAUUUAAGUUUUACAACACAGACCAUCACCCAGGAACCAGAACCAACUGAGAUUCUUCUCAGUGGAUUAUGGUAUACUUGUGUGUGUAAAAGCACAAGCCGCAUGUAUACUCACUUCCGGCCAUAUGAUAUUUACAGAGAAAUGGGUCCAUUAAAUUUUUAAAAAUCAACAUGAAUGAAGAAUGUCUGUUUAUAAUCACUAUAAAAUCCAGGUGACCUGGACAGUAUUAUAUGUACAUAUCUAGUUAAAACUAACAAUCAGAAGGUUAGGUGACUUUUUCCCCCUUGUAAGGAGGUACCAGAAUGUGGCUAAUUGUAUAGAAAUCAUGCUGAAGCCAAACCCAGGUCUAAGGGCCUUACACACUCGCCUGGGUCUUUGGCACACCCACCUUCCUUUGUGGCUCAGCUUUUAGGAGAGGAAGCUCACAUGGGAGGUUAAUGUUACUGUCAAAUCAUAGGUUCAGCACUUCAUCCGCAAAGUUCAGGUCUUACGUGGUCCUCAAAGGGGCUCUGACAUGCAUCGCCUAGUUGUGUACUUCUCUUUUGAACUUUGGGUACCAAAGCAGAAAGGAAAGAUAGAAAAUUAUCUUCUCAGAAGAAAAACGUAUCUUUGGAUCCCUGGAAAGUAACCACAUCCAAAGUGGACUGAAUAAUAAAAUGUGUGUUGAGAAAAGAUGUGGUGGGGGAGGGGCAGUGGGAGAAAUGGUGAAAGGGCCAGAACUGGAGUCUCCAACUUUUCUCAUCCUUACUCCACUUCCAUUCUCUGGUCUUCUUGAAUGUAUAGUGUCCACGUGGUCAUUGUGACAUUGUUGGGGAUUUGGGUUUUUUCUUCUGAUCUCACUAUCUUCUGAGGACAAAGCCCUCAGGGGUGCUGGGUCCUGGAGAGGUGGUGACAGGCCUGUGACAUUGUUGGGGAUUUGGGUUUUUUUCUUCUGAUUUCACUAUCCUCUGAGGACAAAGCCCUCAGGGGCGCUGGGUCCAUGUGAGGUGGUGACACAGGCCUGAUCGCAUGGGUUCUGUAACUCAUAGGUGCAUUCUUCUUUUCUUUGGUGUCUCAUAAAUUAUUCAACUGUUGAAUAAAAUUAUAAAUAUGUUAAUACCAGCUUUUUCCAAUAAAAUAACAAAUGUUACAUCUAA